UAAUAGGAAGUCAUCAAGCAUGGUGAGAGCUCCUUCCUGUGAGAAGGAGGGCCUCAACAGGAGCCAAUGGAUGCCUGAGGAAGACAAGAUUUUGAUGGAUUACAUAAAGAAACAUGGACAUGGCAACUGGAGAGCUCUUCCUAAACAAGCUGGACUUUUGAGGUGUGGAAAUAGCUGCAGACUCAGGUGGGUGAACUACCCGCGGCCGGUUAUCAAACGAGGGAACUUCACCAAGGAGGAAGAAGACACAAUCAUCCAAUUGCACCAGUCGCUUGGAAACAGGUAGAUCCUUUAACUUCUCACUUUUCUUGGAAACAGGCGGAUCCUCUCUCCCUCUCGGGAUCCGGCGGCGGCAAUUUGAGGAAGAAAGACGUCCAUUUUGUCCGAUUGUUUAGUAGGAGCAGCGAAACAUAAAUUUUCUAUUUUUCUUUUUGACCCAAUAACUAAUUAAAAUGAGAAAAAGGGGCAAGCAAACGGUCAGCAUGAAUAGUCGUUAGCUCAAAAUUCCAGUUUAUUUUUAAAAAACAACUCAAACUUAAUGAAAUCGGAUGUGCAAACAUUGAAGUUUACACUGUAAUAUUUACA